AUGUCAAGCAACGAAACAAAUGAAAAGCUAGAUGAAAUCUCAGCAGCUGUACGUGCUGCAACAAAAUUAAGCAAUGAAUCGAAAAAGUCCGAAGAAUUAACAUUGGAUAUGUUAGCUGCUGCAAUUAAAUUAGCAGCACUUCCAACUGAUGAUGAAGAAAAAUUAACACCAGCAGCUGUUAAUGCUGCAAUAAAAUUGUCUGAAAAAUCAUCAGGUCAAGAAGAACAACAUGAAAACCUUACGCCCGAAUCAUUAGCUAUUGCACUUAAAUUAGCAACGAAAUUGUCAUCAACCAAUGAUUCUAAUGAUAAGGAUACAAAUGAGUUAUCAGUUAAUCAAAUGCGUGCAGCAAUGAAAGCAGCUGUAGCUUUGACUCAAGAAACUGAAUCAAAUGAACUAGUUACAUCUCAACUACUUACUGAUGCGCGUAAAUUGGCUAAAAACUAA